AUGUCAAAAGUCCUAUUCGAUUUGUCAAAGACAUCCGGCGAUUUGAAGUUCGAGCAGCUCUCGCUAAACCACGAUCGAGAUGAUGUGUGGAUGGAAGAAACUUGGAGGAAUCCGAGUAAUGGCGAUGACGAGAAGCAUGCGAAUCAACGGACAUUCGUCACCUGCAAUUUUGACAUGGAAAAUCCGAGUAAUUGGUUGUUCACGAGCCCGUUCGACGUUCUAGAUGCCAAUCGAGUCUAUCUUGAGCUUCUGUUCAACACACGAGACUGUGAGCCAACGAUGUCGGUGACAUGCAAAGAGACAUUCUUGGUAUAUAUGAAGCAGUAUAAAAGUCAAGAAUCUAUCGAGAAGAAAAUUGUCAAGUCGAGUUUCAAGAAUUCCAAAAAGUCGUGGCAAAAUAUUGGGCGAUUAGCUCGCAAAAAUUUGAACAUGACGCGUGAAACGAUUGGAAUCCCGUUGGAAGAAGGAACCAAGUUCAUCAGAUUCGCAUUCGAAGAGCAAGGAAUAUGUCUCUCGCUGCUUAAUAUUCGAGUUUACUAUCGCGUUUGCGAGGAGUUCGUCGACAAAUUGGUGAGCUUCGACCGGCAUGUCACCGGAAAACACGACAGCGAUCUCCACUAUCUGCAGGGAUCGUGCGUCAAAAAUGCGAUUCCUUCGAUUCCUGGAGUGGAAUUGAAAGCCUUGUGUAUGUCGAAUGGGCGUCCGAUGUUGACAUCUGGAGAAUGCGAAUGCAAAGGCGGUUUCAUAAUGCGCAACGAUACAAGAGGAGGACCACGAUGUGAACCAUGUCCAUCGGGGACUUUCCGCGCCGAGGGAUCGAAACAGGGAUGCCGGACAUGUCCGUCGAACACACUUUCGAAUUCGGGACAGGACAAAUGCUAUUGCAAACCCGGUUUCUACCGAAUUGACGAGACUCAUGGUGCCUGCCAUAGUGCUCCUUCGAAACCGCUGAAUUUGGUGCAUUCUGCCAUCACUGCUACUAGUGCUCGUCUCACCUGGGAGGAGCCGGUGAAUCGAGGUGGUAGAAAAGAGAUUUGGUACGAAGUGAAAUGUCUGAAGAACAUCAAUUGCGAUUCUGUGAUCAUCACACCAUCGGAAAAGAAGCUUUCGACGAGAUAUGUGCAAAUCAAUGGGCUGAAACCGUCAUCGGAAUACACAUUUCUUGUUGUCGCAAAGAAUCUGAUCUCGGAAUACACGCCGGAUCCCGAUUCUCAAAACGCUGUCAUCGAUUUUACCACGAAAGCGAUGGAUGAGGAUGUGAAGCCAGUGUCGAAUCUUCGAAUCGAUGCCGCUCAGAAGGACGGGCUUACAAUUUCGUGGUCUGUCAUUGACAGUAAUCUCAAUGAUUUCGAAGUCGAAGUACGUCCGGCGAUCGCGAAAAGAAGGUCGUUUGAAACGAGACAUAUCAAUACGACUUAUGCGACGUUUAUUGGACUCAAAGACGACGUCGUUUACAAGUUCCGCGUACGUGUUCGUGAUGAUCUGAGAUGGAGCGACUCGAUCAGUUACCAACUGGGAAGGGGACAAAUUCACACACCAGAAUCGGUGAAUGUCGAUAUUGGAGACUCGGCGUUCUGGAAUCAGGCGGGAUCAGCACUCCUUCUUGUCAUCGCUGGAAUCUUGAUCAUAAUUGCGAUUGCGUUGUGCAUGAUUGUGAUGCAAAGAAGAUCGAAGAAUCGGAAGCAGAUGAGCGAUCUGGAUGUUCUUGACACUUACAAACAAGAUUCGAUGACGCCCGAUUAUCACACCACAUCUCGACACCUCAACAGUUCCGGAGUUCCGACGAAUUUGCACGAACAACUGCGAUCUAGUACGAAAUUGAACGCGCCAUUGAUUCCAUCAUUCGGUAGCCCGAUUUCGCAGCCGCCGCCCUAUUAUGGAGGAACACAGGCAGCAAGUGGAAAAUACAAAACUUAUGUCGACCCGACUACUUAUGAAGAUCCUUAUCAGGCUUUGAUCGAAUUUACAUUCGAUAUUGAUCCUCGCGACGUUUUUAUAACACAAGUCAUUGGCGGUGGCGAAUUCGGAGAUGUGUGUCUUGGCGGAUUGUCGCGAUCGAGUCAGGCGGCUUCGAGAGGAUCGAACACGAUGAACCGAAUGUUCGAGAAUGACCAAUAUGAGACGGUCGCGAUUAAAACGCUCAAGGCUGGAAGCGGAGCGAAAGCUAAAGCGGAAUUCUUGACAGAAGCGUCAAUAAUGGGACAGUUCUCACAUCCGAAUGUCAUUCGACUCAUUGGAGUUGUCACUUCAUCUGAGCCGGUGAUGAUUGUCACUGAAUACAUGGCGAAUGGCUCGUUGGAUCAAUUUUUGAGGCAUCAUGACGCGAAUGGAGAGAAAUUGGAAUGGUCGAAAAUCAGCGAGAUGUUGUACGCAAUCGCUUCCGGAAUGAAAUAUCUCACAGAUAUGGGAUACGUUCAUAGGGAUCUUGCUGCCCGCAAUGUCCUCGUGGAUUCGGAACUUCGAUGCAAAAUCGCCGACUUUGGACUUUCGCGCGGUGUUCGAAAUGAGGGAAGCAUCGAGCCGGAAUACACUACCAACGGCGGAAAAAUCCCAGUGCGAUGGACAGCUCCUGAAGCAAUUACUCACCGCAAAUUUACAACAUCAUCUGAUGUUUGGUCGUUUGGCGUCGUCAUCUGGGAAGCGUGCUCCUAUGGCGAACGACCCUAUUGGGAUUGGACGAAUCAGAAGGUGAUCAGCGAAAUCAUGAAUGGCUAUCGACUGCCGCCUCCGAUGGACUGCCCGAUGGGAUUGUAUCGAAUCUCGCAGUGGUGCUGGAAAAUGGAGAGGCACGAGCGACCGACGUUCACACAACUUGUGGCGAUGCUCCACAAGUUUGUACUUCAGCCGACGUUGAUUGAAAAUGACCCUGGAGAGUUGCCGAAGAGAAUCAUGAGCACAAUCAAACUUUAUAGUUUAAGCUCAUAUGGGGCAAUUGCUGUUCCAACUCCACCACAAUCUGCUCCUCCAAUGCCGUCACUCGAUGAAUUCUUGAGAUCGAUUGGUUUGAAUCACGUCUACGGUACACUGGUGUCAAACAACGUGCACAAUCUAUCGGAUUUGGCCCAAAUGUCGCCGUUGGAUCUUCUCGCGUGCGGCCUCAUUUCGCAAGAGUGUUCGGUGAUUCGCGAUGGACUCAAUGGUCGACUAACUCCACCGUCGUCCGCCGGCUCGGUACACACAACAACUCGGGGCACACGAACCAUCAAUCCGAAUUCGUCAACGAUGCGACGAGACGAAGGAUUCUUUGUGUGA